UCUACAUAAGACAAUGUGCAUCCCACCAAACCUCAUAUCAGUGCAGGACUUCACUUACUGAAGAGCAGCAUCAUGACCUUCGUCGGGCACGUUCUGUUUUUUGUUGCACUUGUGAUAGUUGGUGUUUCUGGAAACAUAUAUAACCUCAUUUUUACUAUACAACAGCAAGUGAAGACCAGGACCAUUCAGACUGUCGGUUUAAUCCUAAACGUCAUCUCCAUCAGCAACAUCAUCUUGGUAAUCGCCACCUUCGCAUUGGUGGUGAGUGUCUUCCAGAAUCCCCAAAUUUGGUGCGUUAGGCCAUAUCCUCUAGCUAUCCGGAUUGAAGCGUAUCUAAUGAUGACUUGCAGCUUCAACAGCUUCUGGGCCAUUGCAUGGCUGAGUCUCUUCUACUGCAUCAAAGUUGUAAAUUUCUCCUCCGAGUGCUUCCGAGCACUGAAGAGGAACAUCUCCUCUGUGAUCAACGCUGCAGUGCUGCUGAGCUGCAUGCUCUCCUGCUUGUUGUUCUUUCCUUUGUUCUCGCUCGACAUUGUGGAAUCACUGGAACAAAAUGACAAUGUGAGUGACAUCGCCAAUUUAACCUGUCCACAGCCUUCUUUAACUUUACGGAUAAACGCAAAUGCUUAUGCUGCUGCUAUUAUUUGCCUCCUCUGCCCGAUCCCUCUGAUGAUCAUGCUGCCCACCUCCGUCAGAAUGGUCGCCCAUCUGUGCGCCCAUACACUGGCUCUCAAGAAGAACCAGACCCAGGUGCAGGGAUCUGACUCAUACGUCCUGGUGUGCAAGAUCACCAUAUCCCUGGUGGGAGUUUAUCUGUCCACUCUAUGCAUUGUGGCUUUGUUUUUCAUUAUAAGGUUCAUCGGGGAAUUUAUCACCUACCACACCUUAGCCAGUGCCUUUAGUUUUUACAGUGGCAUGACUUCUCUCCUUCUGACAGCUUCAAACAGGUAUCUGAAAGAGAAGCUCUGGAGUAUGUUGUGUUGUAGGAAGUCAGAGGAACAAGCUAGCAAAAGCCAUACAGUUGUGACAGGGGAUGUUUGAUAUGAAGAAGA